AAUUGACUGCGGUUUAGGCUGUCCCUCCAUUGUUUUUUCCUGUUUUAAUUUCAGAGAGUCAGUUCUUGUGCUCUUCAAGCUUCUGGCUUGAUAUUGUUUUUCUCUUGUUGGUCGCUCAAUAUAUAAUCUUUACCUUCUCAAAAAUAAAAUAAUGCAUGCAUGUUUACAUUCGCCAGAUCAGUCUCUUCAAUUCCCAACCCUCGUGAAUGGUAAUUAAUUAAUUAAUGAAGAGUUGAUCAGAGCUGGCUAUCAUACAUUACGAUGGAAACUGAUGAUCAAGAUUUGGUGACCGUGGAGGAGGGAAGGGGAACACCAAAAGCAGAAGGAAAUAGCGUUACGGCUGCUUCGUCUCUCCAUGCACCCUCUCGUAUUUACAACCAACUCUUGGAGUGUAUGUCCAUAAUGGAGGAAGGCACCAACCACAAAGAUCUUUCACCGAAGAAGCCCCAAAUACAGAAGGUUCCUCCGUCGAUGCGGCGGAGGAAGGACAACGAUAUCUACUUCGACCCAGCUGUGGUGUCCCUCGGCCCUUACCACCACGGCAAACCCCAACUGAGAGCUGCAGAAGAGCUUAAGCCCCGAGUGGCUUUCGAGUUCGUCGCCAACAGCCGGCAUCGCCCCGAUGAGUACUACAGCAGGGUCUCAGAGGUCUUAGAAGAGGCAAAGAGUUGCUAUCUCGACAAAUUGAUCAAGGACUGGGACGACGAUGCCUUCCUGAAGAUGAUGUUCCUCGAUGGCUGCUUCGUUUUGCAUUUUCUGAUUGAUGUUGGUGUAUUCCUCGAGCAUUUGGGUUGGAAGAGUGCGUCUGAAAUUCGAAUGGACAUUAUUUUGCUGGAGAACCAGCUCCCCUUCGUAGUUCUCCGAGUCCUCCUGGACAUGAAAUUCUCAGAACCAGGUCAAGAUGGAGGGGAAGAACUCAUCAAUUUCAACCUUGAUCUUUUUCUUACAUCCUGCGAGGCAACAAAGACAACAAAGGCAACAUGGCGGGGAAAAGGUGAUCAACAAUACCUUCAUCUCCUGCAAGUUGCCCGAUCGAAAUUGUUCUUAGCUAAAAAAACUAAAAGUGCUAAAACCGAAGGAACUAAAAUUUGGGCAAAGAGAGAUUUUGUCCGCAAGGUCACUUUUUUCGUUCUGCAACCGAAAUCAAAUCAAAGGGGAUCCAUUGCAAGCCCAGUGACACAAGUUUCUUGAAUGAUAUCAGUUUUGUUUCUCACUUCUUUUAUGGUAAACUAAAGCUUCCAAACAUAAAAUUUAACAGAGGCGACAAGCAUAUUUUUAUGAACAUGAUGGCUUAUGAAGCAGCCCCAAAUACGUUUACUAGGCAUGAAGUUUCAACCUACAUAUAUUUUAUGGAUCGUUUGAUUGACGGAAUCGACGAUGUAAGAGAGUUGCGAUCCCAAAAAUUAUUGCACCACCACCUAAGUAGUGAUGAAGAGGUGGCAAAAAUGAUCAAUGAUAUGGGAGCAGAGGUAACUCUAGCCUUUGAUAGUUUUCAAGAAGUUGAGGACAAAAUCCAAAAUCACUACGACAUGAGGAUUAACACAUGGAUUACUCAAAUGAUACAUGACCAUUUUAGUACCCCUUGGACUAUGGUUGCUUUCUUCUUUGCAAUUUUUGUUAUUAGUUUAACUAUUGCCCAAACCUAUUUUGCAAUUUAUCCUCGUUCUUAAUGUAUUGACUAGUCAUACUAUGCAUGUACAUAAAGUGAAAAGAUAGAGGUUGAGCA